UAGCAAUCAAUUAUGUUUUGAUCAUCAUCUAUGCCCUGAUGUUUCUACUGAAUCUGAUGUGAAACUCCCUGCCAGUGCUGGUCAUCUUAUUCAGCUGAGUCAGCCACUCUGUCACCGAUGUCUACCUGCUGAACCUGGCCAUGGCUGACUUGUUCUUUUCCCAGACGUUGCCCAUCUUGGCUGCCUCCAAGAUGAAUGGCUGGAUUUUUGGCACAAUCUGUGCCAGGUGGUCUAGCUCCUGAAGGAAGUCAACUUCUACAGUGGUAUUCUACUACUGGCCUGCCGCAGCGUGGACUGUUACCUGGCCAUUGUCCAUGCCACACGCACACUGACCCAGCAGCGCCACUUGGUCAAGUUCAUAUGUCUGGGUGUGUGGAACCUGUUCCUGUUACUGUCCCUGCUCAUCUUACUUUUCCAAAGGACCGUCUACCCACCCUAUGUUAGCCCAGUCUGCUGUGAGGACAUGGGCAACAAUACAGCAAACUGGCGGAUGCUGUUACGGAUCCUGCUCCAGUCCUUUGGCUUCAUCGUGCCGCUGUUGAUCAUGCUGUUCUGCUACAGAUUCACCCUCCGUACGCUGUUUGAGGCCCACAUGAGACAGAAGCACUGGGCCAUGCCAGUCAUCUUUGCUGUCGUCCUCAUCUUCCUGCUCUGCUGGCUGUCCUACAACCUGGUCCUGCUGGCAGACAUCCUCAUGAGAACCCAGAUGACCAAGGAGACUUGUGAGUGCCGCAACGACAUCAACCAGGCCCUGGAUGCCACCGAGAUUCUGGGCAUCCUUCACAGCUGCCUCAACCCCUUCAUCUACACCUUCAUUGGCCAGAAGUUUCGCCAUGGACUCCUCAAGAUUCUAGCCAUACAUAACUUGAUCAGCAAGGACUCCCUGCCCAAAGACAACAGGCCUUCCUUUGUUGGCUCUUUUUCAGGGCACACUUCCACUACUCUCUAAGACCUCCUGCCUCAGUGCAGCCCCGUGGGGUUCCUCCCUUCUCUUCACAGUCGCAUUCCAAGCCUCAUGUCCACUGGUUCUUCUUGGUCUCACUAUCAAUGCAGCCCCCAUUGUGGUCGCAGGAAGCAGAGGAGGCCAUGUCCUUACUAGUUUCCCUUGCAUGGUUUAGAAAGCCUGCCCUGGUGCCUCACCCCUUGCCAUAAUUACUACAUCACUUGCUGGAGCUCUGUCCAUCCUGCCCCUGAGCCCAUGGCACUCUGUGUUCUAAGAAGUGAAAAUCUACACUCCAGUGAGACAGCUCUGCGUACUCGUUAGGAUGGCUAGUAUCAGAAGAAAGAAAAUCAUAAAAUAGAAGGUGUCCACAAAGAUGCAGAGAAAGUGGAAUUCUCGAGCAUCACGAGCGGGAAUGUAAAAUGGUGUGGCCACUGUGGAAGACAGUAUGGCAGCUUUCCUCAAAACAUCGGACAUAGAAUUACCACAUGAUCCUGCAAUUCUACUUCUAGGAAUUGACCCACAAGAAGUGAAAGCAGGGACUUGAACCCAUAUUUGUACACCAAUAUUCAUAGCAGCUUAUUCACAAGACCCAAAAGGCAGACGUAACCCAAAUGUUCAUCAAUGAAUGAAUGAAUGGCUAAACAAAAUGUGAUGUGUACAAUGUUCAUCAAUGAAUGAAUGAAUGGCUAAACAAAAUGUGAUAUGUAUAUAAAGAAGUAUCCUUCAGCCUGAAAGAAGAGUGAAGUACUCAUACAUGUUACAACACAGAUGAACCUUGAAAACUUUAUGCUAAGUGAAAUAAGCCAGACAUAAACAGAUAAAUAGUUUAUGAUUCCACUUACAUGAGGUACUGAGAGUGAACAAAUUCACAGAGACAGAAAGCAGAACAGUGAUUACCAGGGACUGAGGGGAGGGGAGCAUGGGGAGUGAUGGUUUAAUGGGCACAGAGUUUAUGUUUGGGAUGUUGAAAAAGUUGUAAAGAUAAACAGUAGUGAUAGUUGUACAACAAUGUCUGAGUACUUAAUGCCACUAAACUGUACACUUAAAUGUCUAAAAAUGGUAAAAUUUUAUGUAUAUUUUACCUCCAUUAAAAAGAAAACACCUUGGCCCCCAAAGGUACUUUUGCCAAAGAACCAAGGCUGGAAUUUCUUGCUAAAUGAGAUCAUUAAAUGUCUUUCAUUGCUUAAACCA